UAUUAAUUUCAUCGACGUAUAAUUAAUGCAACAUUUGGCCGAGUUUGUUGUAUACUGUGAUAACAAACAGUGGACAUUUCAACAAGUAAGCUAUAUCAUUAUAAGUAAUUUGUUGCUGUGAAAGGGUGGAUAAAAUCACGAGAGUUAGUUCAAGAUGUCGGUUGUCGAGAUAACCGAUGGCGCAGGUAAACACCUCAGAUUUGUCGAAUUUGAUGGCAAACUUUAUCCUAAAUUUUCAAUAGAUGUAAUUACCAACAUGAAAUCGUUAAAACUACGUAAAGAUGAUAUUAUUAUUUCUGCCUACCCUAAAUCAGGAACACAUUGGUUGUUUGAAAUAUGUCGAAUGUUGCUGGCAGGUCGAACUGAUUUACAAGCCAUUUCUAAAUCUGAGUUCUUUAUUGAAAAAGUGGGACAGGACGUUUUAGAUCAAGCCAAAUCCCCUCGUAUUCUGAACAGUCAUGUUGCUUUUAGUGACUUACCAACUGAUCUGGCUGUGAAGAAACCCAAGAUAAUCUAUAUUAGAAGAAACCCGAAGGAUCUUGCCGUCUCGUUCUACAACCAUUGUUAUAAGAUACCACUUUUUGACUAUAAAGGAGAAUUCAAGGAUUUUAUUGAAUUAUUUAUCAACGGAACAGUUGAGUACAAUUGUUGGUAUAAACAGGUUUUAGAUUGGGAGAAAGUCAUUGAUAACAACACGGAGUAUUCUAUAUUACAUUUAACAUAUGAAGAUCUUAAAGCGGAUCCAAUAGCAGAAAUCAGAAAAAUAUCAGAUUUUUUACAAGUUAAAAAAAAUGAGGAAUUAAUUCAAGGAAUAUGUGAUGCGUGUUCCUUCGCUAAAAUGCAGACAAGAAUGUCUCAUGUAUUUCCUGAUGAGAAUGGAAAAUCUAAAAUAUACAGAAAGGGUGAAGUUGGUGAUUGGAAAAACUGGUUUACCGUGGCACAAAGUGAAUGGUUUGACCGAGUCUAUCGUGAGAGAAUGUCUGGAUCAAAAUUAAAAUUCAGAUAUUCUUUAGACGAAGAUGCGAAAUAAACCACUAAUAAACGAUAUUCACAAGCGAUAUUUUAAUUGCAGCUAAACAAUAAUUUGAUUGUUGGAUUUGAAGCUUUUUAAAGGUCUCUCAUAAUCGCAUUGUUUUGUAUUUAGACUCAAAUAACUUCCUUGACCGAUUACAAAGAAGUGUUAGAAUAGAUCGUAGGAUCGGUUAAUGUUUUUGUUUUUGAAAACAAGAACAAGAAUAAAAACAAAGUUCAUAUGUGUGUUUUAUUGAUUUCUAAAAGGCCCUUGGCUGUGCAAAAUAAUUUUUGUUAAACAAAUGCGAUUUACGUAUUCGAUAUAUUGUAUCUACAAAUGGUCCAGAGCAUAAUGUUUAUCUGAAAAUAUGAGAUAAAUUACAUUUACGAUAAGAAAUCAACCAUUGGUUGUCUUGCUUAAACUCAGAUCUCACCGCACCAAGUUGAUGUGUAUCACAGAAUAAUCUAUAAUGUAAAACUGUUAUAAAUAACACACGUAUGUCUUAUACGUGCAUAGUCGUGUUAUUUCUAUUUUAUAAAUUUUGUUUAUAUUUUGUUUACAUAUGGGGGGUGGGGGGUUAAUGGCCGAAUGGUUAGCGCGUGCGUGCUGCAUCAUUAGGACUAUCUUUGAGUCAACUGGCGUGGUUUCGAUUUCCGGUUGUAUGUGACAAUGAGUAGGGUCGCCAGUCCAACCUCGUGGGUUUUCUCCGAUUCUUCCGGUUUCCUCCCACUGCUAAAGACCCCUACACGCAAACGAAGUACCCCACCCCCUUCUCUCUCUCUCUCUCUUGUAUACAUACAACAAUUACAUCUCCUCCUUUCUUUCGUUGUUAUCAAUGUAAGUAUAUUAUCCACCAUUUCUACAGGAUAGAUUCUUUUAAAUAUUUUACAAUAUAACUGCAUCAGGUUGACUUCUUUUAAACUGCAAGAGAUACAAGAAUUGUAAGAACUGAUAUAUAAUAUCUUUAUAAAACAUCCCAAUGUUCACAACUGAAUUUCAGUAGAUUAGUUCAUAUUUGCGAAAUGUUCAGUCAGAUAAAGAGUGCAGACCACUCUGAAUCAUUGGAAGGAAGGGUGGAGUCCGAGAAGGUGUCCAUGAUGGCCACCAUUUCAUAUUGACACAGGACAUCAUUAAAUUCCUACAUUUAUACUUCAUGGCCUAUAUUUUAUAGCAAUAUCGUCAUUGCGACAUUGUUUUAAAUUUAUAGACAAGGAAUAGAGGAAUAAGAUGGUUUAAACAACAUUUUUAUCUUUACAAAUUAUUCUCUAUUGACAGUAUAUUAGCUAUGGUAUGAGUUUAUUUUAAACGCAAAUUAAUUGUUUAUGUAAUUGUGUGAGAAUACCAGGAAAGAGGGUCUGAGUUUAAGGAUAGAUUGUGCCGAAAAACAUGUGAUGGAAAAUUACGAUUGCAUCAUUUGGCUUGUUUGACCAAUCUAUAUACUUAGUUACAUGAUAUUUGACCAAUUAGAUAAUUGAACGUCCAAAACCCACAGCUACAAAACUAUCAUACUUGUGAGAAUUCGUUAGACAGCAGCUUGAUUCCAGAAGGGAAAAGAUGUAGAAGUUUCUAUUCAGCAGACUCGCCCAAAUUGAGUCUGGCUGGCUAGGGUUUGAGAAUGACUUUAUUCCAUUAUGCUUGUAUCCAUGUAAGCAGCUACAUGUAUAUAUCUAUAAUGUAAAAGCGAACUGUUGCAUUGUUAUUCAUGGUAAGACAAACGUCUUAAGAAAACAGUAAGAAGUAAAUACACAAUGUGAAGCAGAAGUUAAGACAGCUAGAGGCAAAUUCUAGACGAUCACAAGGCUACAGAAAUAUGUAGUAAAGAAAGAUGCAUGGGUCGUAUGUAAGAUGUGGCGACCGGUCUGACAUUACCCCGCUCUCCAUGUAAGAAAGAAAAGGCCCAUGGUGCUACAAUUUUAGUCUGUUUUUCCACUUUUGCAAGACGAUUUUUGUUGACUUUUUGGUCCAGAAUCGAAGAAAAGGGCCUGGAUGUACAUUUUCUACAAGGUUUUAGUCUAUAUUCAAGAAUUCGAGGCGGAGGGAUGGUAGUUAAGAGGCUGGUUACGUGUCAUGUAAAUAAAUGUCCAGAUAAUACUUUAUCUAAUAUUUUAAGCCAGAUUGCGGAUUUAAAUACAUGUAUCUGUAUUUUUAAGAUUUUACGGCUGAUACAUCUUUGAUAUCCAUUGAAGAUGGUAAUGGUAAUACUUUUUUGAAAACAAUAUCUUCAGUCUGAAUUUUUAAUAUUAUAUAGUUGGUAUAUGGCUGACAAUAAUAAUACUCCUAUGAAAUAUGUCU